AUGAUCAACGACCCAAACUCCCCUACUACAAUUUCUACUUCUACUAAUUCUACUAAUAGUGAUCAAAGAGGUGCACAAUCACAAACACUUGCUUGCGCAUCAUGCAGGUUCCAAAGGCGUAGAUGCGUUCCGGACUGCGCUCUUGCACCUUAUUUCCCCGCCCACCAAGCACAACAAUUCCUUAACGCGCACAGACUUUUCGGCGUCAACAACAUCAUCAAAAUUUUAUCUUCUGUCCCGCCUUACGCUCAAGACGAUGCCAUGACUUCUCUAAUUUACUCUGCUAAUGUCCGUGCAUAUGAUCCUGUUGGUGGGUGUACGCAUAUUGUUAGGUUAUUGAUGGCGCAGAUUGCCUACUACGAGGAACAACUUCAAGGUGUUCUUGCACAUAUUGUCGCUAUUCAAGCUGAAGCCGUCCCAGCGGUAGAUUGUCAAGCGGAUGAAAAGCCUCAUGUUAUUGAGCAAGUUCAAACACGAGCGGAUGAAAAGCCUCAUGUUAUUGAGCAAGUUCAAACACGAGAGGACGCGUUACCCUCUUGAACAGGUUUUAGUAUUUCUUUUGUUUUUCCCGUGUUUUUGGUGCAUUGUUUAGGGUAAAUUUGUCACUCUCGUGUUUAUUUAAGGAAAUAUUGUGAACCUUAAAAACACAUGUUGGAGACUUGGCGUUGAUGGGCCUUAGGGCUGUUGCUUGGACAGUCGUGGAGCUGUUCUUCGGGCUGCUACAAGAAGAGUCAGGACGUGGUGAUCCCCUGAAAUUGCUGAAGGGAAGACCAUGCGAUGUGCUUUAAGGUUGGCCAAACUCUAUGGUCUUGGAGAACUUUUCUUAUUGAGUCUGAUCUUCUAUUUAAUGGAGAUGGGAAUAGUGUUUCCUAUCAAGUCACGAGGCAAUUAUCACUCGCCCGGCCGGCAAUGAGCAUUGUUAUACUCACUCUGUCCCAUAAUAUAGUUAUACUCACUCCGUCCCAUAAUAUAAUGUUUGUUUCUUUUUUAUACGGUCUCCAAGAUGUAACUUUGACUUUAAUAUCUUCAAUUUUAUAUUAAU